AUGGUCAUUCUCUCUGCGCUAGCCUGCGUCUGCAUCCCUGCCCCUCUCUGGGAGCCAGUCUCUGCCCCAGGAGGACACCUGUCCUCACACCUGCCCCAGGGCUCACUCCUAGUGGACACAGGCCUCCAUACCUCCCCCGACAACCAGCAGCAUCUGCUCACAAACCCCCCCACCCCCACCACGGCCGCGUCCACCCCGUCCGUCUGCUCCAGCGCCCUGAGCUGGCAGCGGCUCUGCCUGCUCGGUUCCUGUGACUCCUGCACCGGCUCCUGCUGGCAGGUGGACGACUGCCCAGAGAGCUGCUGUGCCCCCUGCUGCGCCCCCAGCUGCUGCGCCCCGGCCCCCUGCCUGACCCUCGUCUGCGCCCCAGUGAGCUGUGUGUCCAGCCCCCGCUGCCCACCAGCCUGCACCAGCUCCUGCACGGCCCCGUGCUGCCAGCAGUCUAGCUGCCAGCCCUCCUGCUGCACCUGCUGCCCCUGCCAGCGGGCCUGCUGUGUGCCCGUCUGCUGCAAGCCUGCGUGCUGCACACCUGUGUGCUGCACACCUGUGUGCUGUGAGGCUGCCCCCUGCUCAGCCCCCUCAUGCUGCCAGCCCACCCCCCGCCCCUCGUCCUGCUGCAGACCCUCCUCCUCCGUGUGCCUGCUCUGCCGCCCCGUGUGCUGCCCCGCCUGCUGUGCCCCCACCCCCUCCUACCAGCCCAGCUGCUGCCGCCCGGCCUCCUGGGUGUCCCUGCUCUGCCAGCCCGUGUGCUCCUGCCCCGCCUGCUGCGUCCCUGCCUCAGUUUCCCCUGCAGCCUCCAGCCCAGAGAAUCCUGCUCACCUGGAGACCCCUGCAGCCUCCACCAGUGAAGGACGGCAGCAGGCAGGUGGACGACUGCCCAGAGAGCUGCUGCGAGCCCCCUGCUGCACCUCCUCCCCCUGCCAGCAGGCCUGCUGUGUGCCCGUCUGCUGCACACCUGUGUGCUGCGAGCCCGUGUGCUGUGAGGCCACCCCCUGCUGCAGACCCUCCUCCUCCGCGUCCCUGCUCUGCCGCCCCGUGUGCCGCCCCCCCUGCUGCGUCCCCGCCUCGGGCACGUCCUGCUGCUGA